AUGUCUCCGAGCAUGCAGACAGAUCAGGCUAGAGCAUGGAAGUCCUUCGAGGAGUGGGCGGAGAAGGCCGGAAUCCAGAACCCUACGAUCAAGAUGUCGGAGUUCGCUUCUGGGAUGAAGGCCAUCUCUCCUGUCUCCUCCGGGGACAUCCUAGUGACAGUCCCAUCGACCUCAGUCUUGAGGGUGGUCAAGGGGCAGAGCAGGCUGCCAUCUCGUCUCAAGGGCUAUGUCUCCGAGGGCACAUGGCAGGGUCUCGAGUGGUUUGUGAGAUGGAUCGAAGUUCUUCCCAAAUCUUUGAGCACUCCGUUUCAUUGGAAUGAGGAGAGCGUGAAGGAGCUGCAGUAUCAGCCCCUGAUUGACAAGAUCGAGAAGCAGAAACGUGAAUGGAGGAGCAUUUUUGACAAGAUCAGCUGCGACAACCCACAGUUUCAGGAAGCAGACUUCUACAAUGCUUGUGAAAUGGCAAGGAGCCGUGCUUUUUCUGGGCCCUACGUUGGCAAACUACCCAAGGACCAGAUGUUUCUCACUGGCUUGCUAGUUGCUCUGUCAACUCAGCUUCAUCUCCUCGAAACUUCUCAAGCUGCUCUUGGAGCUGUGCUGGUGGUUGGAGGUAUCCUGGCCAACACCUUCCUCCUCCCCAACUUUCUCGGACUGACCCACUACGUCAUUGCCCCCAUGAUUGAUAUGAUCAAUCACGACGGGCAGAGCAAGUCCAUCGUCACCUACCAGGCACUUCAAGCUGCGUUCGAGGUCCAGUCAUCGUCGAACUUCAACGUCGGGGAUCAAGUUUUCAUCUCGUACGGCGAUCGCAGCAACGAUCAGCUCCUGCAGUACUAUGGCUUCGUAGAGAUGGACAAUGUUCAUGACUUGUACGAGAUUGCUGAUUUGGACGGCAAGCUGCGAAAGAAGGGAGGAAAGGGAGGCUCUGAGGUGGGUUCGAAAGAUGCCUACGUCUCUCCGAAGGGACUUGAUGAGGAGAGCAUGAAUCGCGCCAAGAGUUUGUUCCCAGACGAGGCUUCGGCUCGCCAGGCGGUGAAGGAAAUUCUCCAAGACGAGCUCAAUUCCUUCCCCACGACAUUGGAGGAGGACGAGGUCGCUCUGCGCUCCAGAUCUGCGCUGCAGUCCAGUUUCCCCCUUGCGCUCUCCUUUCGAGUGAGCAAGAAGCGAUUGCUACAUCAGGUACUGCAGCAGCUUUAG